GCCGCGGAGGGUCAAGGGGCGGCGGACGGUGGCCGGGAGGGACGAUGCUGUGGCGGGCGGUGGCAGCGGCGAGCCGAAGCCUGCGGGGAGCGGCUGGGCGGCGGCAGCUGAGCGGGGCGGGCAGCUCCGAGCGCGGCCCCUCCGAGCGCGGCCCCCGCAGCGAGCGGACCCCGAAAAUCUACACGAAGACCGGAGACGCAGGCUUCUCCAGCACCUUCACCGGGGAGCGGCGGCCCAAGGCUGACCGGAUCUUCGAGGCCCUGGGAGCCACGGACGAACUGAGCUCGGCCAUCGGGCUGGCUGGUGAAUUUAGCAGUGAGAAGGGCCACGAGUUUGUGGAACAGCUUCACAAAGUCCAGUGUAUGCUGCAGGACGUGGGCUCCAACAUCGCCACGCCGCUCUCCUCAGCCAGGGAGGCUCACCUGAGGAGAACAUCUUUCAGUGAGAAGCCCAUUCUGGAGCUGGAGCAGUGGAUUGACAGCUACUCAGAGCAGCUUCCUCCUCUCAGAGCUUUCAUCUUGCCGUCAGGAGGUAAAAGCAGCGCCGCGCUCCACCUGUGCCGAGCUGUCUGCCGCCGAGCUGAAAGGUGUGUGGUCCCUUUGGUACAAGCAGGAGAAGCAGAUCCAAACGUGGGCAAAUACUUAAACAGGCUGAGUGACUACCUCUUCGUUUUGGCACGCUACGCUGCCAUGAAGGAGGGCAAGGAAGAGAAGAUCUACGUAAAGCCUGACCCAUAGCUGGCAGCUGGAACGUUUGUGUCCUUGCUCAUGGGAAGCUAAAUCCAGCAGUCUGCUUUCUCUCAUCAAGGCAAGGAAGGAGAAUGAGCCUGGAUUGGAAGUGGGAGCUGCCAAGAAGCUUCCAGCUUCAGUAACUGGGACCUUGUUCCUAAAUCCCGUGAGGAACGGAGCGGUUCUGUCCUCUGGGCCUUGUGCAGUGCUGCCAUCAGAGCUGCCCAGAGAGGUGGUGGAGUCUCUGUCUCUGGAGACAUUCAGAACCUUCCUGGAAGCCAUCCUGUGCACCUGCUCAGACAGGGGGCUGGACUCGAUCUCCAGAGGUCUCUUCUAACCCCUAUUGUUCUGGGGCUCUGUUCUGGAUUGGAGCUGGGCAGGAGACCUCAGAGAACUGAUUUCUAGGGGUGUCUUCACUUCCCUGUGCUGUGGGAAGGCUCUGACAGGACUUCAGAGGAGUGAAGAGGAGGAAACCUUCAGGUUGGCUUUGUAAGUCAGAGGGCUCACACAGAACAGCAGCUGUGCAGAGGUUCAGGAACUACAUCCAAAGCUCUGGAAGAAUAAACGUGAUUUCCUUCUGCCAGAGGCCUCUUCACUGUCA